UAGUAAUGGCCAAAGCCCUAGCCAGUCGAAGAUAGAUCUAGGGUUUGUUUGGCGCGCAGCGGAGCGAGGCAGCCAUGGCGAUGUCGCUGCGCCACAAGCACCUAGAUGUUAUCAAGAGAAUGCUCAACCUCAACCAGCCGCUCCCCGCGGGCGGCACGGGCGACGACGCCGUGUACAAGGUGCUUGUGGUGGAUAAGUUUUGCCGGGACAUCCUGUCGCCGCUCAUCCACCUCCACGAGCUGCGCAAGCACGGGGUCACCAUCUGCUUCAUGAUCGACGUGGAGCGCCAAAACAUCCCCGACGCCCCCGCCAUCUACUUUGUCCAGCCAACCGCGCCCAACAUCCACAGGAUCAUACAGGACGCCGCCCGUGGCGUCUACGAGUCCUUCCACCUCAACUUCUCCUCGUCGCUCCCGCGCGCGCUGCUCGAGGAGCUCGCCAUGGGGGCCCUCAAGAACGACUGCAUGCACCGCCUCUCCAAGGUGUUUGACCAGUACGCCGAGUUCGUCACGCUCGACACGGCCAUGUUCUCGCUGGCGCUGCCCGACACGUACGUCCGGCUCAACGAUCCUAGCGCCCAGGACAAGGACAUCGAGACCGCCGUGGACGCCAUUGUCAACGGCCUCUUCUCGGUGUUCGUCACGCUCGGGGUGGUGCCGGUGCUGCGCUGUGCGCGGGGCGGGCCUGCGGAGAUGGUGGCGACGCAGCUGGACGCCAGGAUCAGAGACCACCUCGUCUCCAGGAACAACCUCUUCACGGAGCCGGGCCACUUUGGCACCUCGUUCCAGCGCCCCCUCUGCUGCAUCUUCGACAGGAACUUUGAGCUCUCGGUGGGCGUGCAGCACGUGUGGACGUACAGGCCGCUGGUGCACGACGUCCUGGGCAUGAAGCUCAACCGCGUGGUGGUUCAGGGGGAGGGCGCGGCUGCCGGCGUGGCGGGCAAGGGCGCGGCCAAGUCGUUCGAGCUGGAUGAGUCGGACACCUUCUGGGUGGCCAACAACGCUGCCGCCUUCCCAAAGGUGGCGGAAGAAGUGGAGGCCCAGCUGAAAAAGUACAAGGAGGACGUGGAGGAGGUGAACAGGAGAACCGGGGGGCGUGCCGACGUGCCGUUUGACGAGCAAGAGCUGCUGGGGAACACCAAGCACCUGAUGAGCGCCGUCAACUCCCUCCCGGAGCUGACGGAGCGCAAGAAGAUGAUUGACAAGCACACCAACAUCGCGACGGCGCUCUUGGGGGAGAUAAAGAGCCGGAAUCUGGAUGGCUUCUACUCGCUGGAGGAGGACAUGCUGACCAAGGGGACGGUUGACAAGACGGCGCUGCUGGGAGCCCUCAAGGGGAAGGGUACGAGCGACGAUAAAUUGCGACUUGGCCUCGUCUAUCUGCUGUCCAUGGAAUCCGCAGCGGGCGCAGAGAUCGAAUCUGUGGAAGCAGCACUUCGGGAGGCCCGGGUGGACGUCACAUCGUUUCUUUAUGUGAAAAGGAUACGGUCCUUGAACAUCUCGCUGGCGUCAGUGAACACGGGCAGCAAGAGCAACCUGGUGGACUGGCUCUCCACAACAGUGACAGCGGGCGUCAAGAACUUUCUGUCCGCGGGAAGACAAUUGGCUCUUACACGAACCGUGGAGUCUCUGAUGGAGGCAAGGCUGGCUCCCGAGCUGGAGUCUUACAUGACGCUGGAUCCGCGUGCUCCCAAAGGCUCUGCGCCGGGAAUUCACACCAAGGGCCCGUUCAAGGAGGCUGUCGUGUUCAUGAUUGGCGGUGGCAACUACUUGGAGCAUGGGAGCCUUGUAGAGCUGGGCCAGAGGUGCCAACCCGGCAAGAACAUCAUUUAUGGCUGCACGGAGGUGGUGACGGGCGCGGAGUUGAGCCGCCAGCUGGGGGUUUUGGGCCACAAGAUGGGAGUGGACGCCUCCGCGUAGAGGUGGUAGAGAGGUUUUAUGUAAGUGUUUUGUCAACAACGAGGGCUUCCCCGCAA